CCUUCCACCCCUACUCUGCAGCGCCCUCUGGGCCUGUGUUCCCCCCAUCUCCCCAAUACAGCGUCUCCUGGCCCUGUAUCUCCAUCCCCUGCAGCGCCCCCCAAGCCCUGUGUCUUCCUUGUCCCAGCAGUGCAUCCGUCCCGGUGGUGUUUCUUCCCCCCUCAGCAGCAUGACCCCUAUAGCCAUGUGUGUCCCCCUCUCAGUAGUGUGCCCUCCCAGCCAUCCCCCCUCAGGCCACGGUAUCCCUUCAGCUGUGCAGGCCCCCUGCCAUCUCCCCCAUUUUGAUGCAGCCUCAGGAAAUUGGUUAAAUCUCAUUGGCAGUGAAGGGAGAAUUCGGGGACCAGUCUGCUACCCACCCCUGUUCCGUCUCCUUAAUCGCAUUCCAGCAGAUACCUCCCUCCCUCAUGGCUCACUCCUGUGCUGGCCCCGUAUCCAUCCCAUAGGAUCCGCCUCACCCUGGUACCACCUCUAUAUCCCAGCCUGCCCUGCCCUACCCCUAGCUCAUCCCAGCGCCGCCUCCUUCUCCUGUUGUGCCCUCCCUCCUCCACUCCAGCUUACCCGGGUGCCAUCUCCAUAUCUCAGACCAUCCGCCUGACUCACCCUUCAGCUGUGUCUUUAUCUCGUCCCAUUGGAUACUCCCACCCAGCCCCGUGUCAUCGCUGUAUGUCGACUCAUUGGACACCCCUCCCUGUAGCCCACCCCUGGGGUACUCCCAUACUGACUCACCCUGGUGCUCUGCCCCUCAUCCUGUCAGCAACACUAGCACCAAUGGAGUAGCCCCAACGACAAGAUCCGAAUUAUGUGGGAGACCUAGCAUCUUAGCAUAUCAUGCCACAGUGUGAAAUACAAAAUGCAGGAAGACUGGCCAAAUUCACGUGUCUGUAAACAAUAGAAGGGAUCUGGGCAGACAGAGCGCUAGGCAGGCCUGAAGAAGAACAUCUGCAGUCAGUUUUGGGCACCUUAACUCUGUAGAAAUUGAGAUGAGAUGGUCUGAGAAAGGCCAUAAAAAUGAGCGGGGCUGUGGGGAAGACCUGCCUGCUGAUCAGUUACACCACUAAUGCCUUCCCUGGAGAGUAUAUCCCCACUGUGUUUGAUAAUUACUCUGCCAACGUCAUGGUGGAUGGGAAGCCAGUGAACCUGGGUCUCUGGGAUACAGCAGGGCAAGAGGAUUAUGACCGACUGCGGCCCCUCUCCUACCCUCAGACAGAUGUCUUCUUGAUCUGCUUCUCCCUGGUCAGUCCGGCCUCAUUUGAGAAUGUCCGAGCCAAGUGGUACCCGGAGGUCCGGCACCACUGCCCUAAUACUCCCAUUAUCCUGGUGGGUACCAAGCUGGACUUGAGGGAUGACAAGGACACCAUUGAAAGGCUGCGUGAUAAGAAACUGGCCCCCAUCACCUAUCCCCAGGGCCUGGCCAUGGCACGGGAGAUUGGGUCAGUGAAGUAUCUUGAGUGCUCAGCCCUGACACAGCGGGGCUUGAAGACAGUGUUUGAUGAAGCUAUUCGUGCUGUGUUGUGCCCCCCACCUGUGAAGAAGCCUGGCAAGAAGUGCACUGUGUUCUGAGGAUGUUGGCAAGGUGCUGACUCAGCAUGUCCUUGUCAUCCUCCUCCAACAGAUUGAGUGUUCGCUGGGUACUUCUGGAGGGGGCUGUGAUGUGUGGGGCCCUUCAUCAUGUACGAAAUCAGUGUUUUUUAAAUAUCUCUUUGAUUUAACGUCAGUGUUGAUGUGAAGGGGCAGUGGGGGCGGGAGGUUAGGUGGAUGCUGUGCAGCCCCUCGGGGAGGAGCAGGAUAGCUCCCUGAGACAGUGAGGUGCAGUUCUCCUUAACUUCAAGUUGAAGAGGCCAAGACACCCAUUCUGUGAUGGAACACCUCUGCUUGCAGUGCACAGGGGGAGACAGGUGGAAGAAUCCCUAAGAGGGUGGGUAGGGACCAUUGUGUGAUAGUCUGUGAAUGACAAGACCAGCUGGAAGGGUAGUGGGGCCUCCUCAACCCAGCGUAUUGCUGGUGAUACUUAACUAACCGGUGCUCUAAGGAGAUGUGCCAGAGGCUUAUGGGAGUCAAAUAACUAACUCCAGGAGUGGUGAAAAUAAACAGAAGACAGAGGCUGAAGGAAUAACUAUUAGCUUUAUUGAGUACUAAUCACUAGUCAAGCUCAGUGAGUGAAACAGUCCUGUGCACUUAGUGCCUUUUAGGGCACUACCUCGGGUGCUGUUCCCUGCCCAUCAGUCAUGGCAGAAGGAUGUUUAGCAGGGGGCCUCUCCUCCCCCAGCCAGUCUCUGCAGAGCAGGGCCGAGGUUGUUGCCUCUUUUUUCUAUCAAAAGCCAUAAAAGAGGCAGUGAGGAGUCUGGUAGCUACUCCUUCCCUUUCCUGCUGGGAAUAUGGUGAUGGGUUUUAUUGGUUUGGAUGGAGCAGGGAGAGCUGAAGGGUUUUGGGAAGAGAGGGUCAGAACAAAGACAGGUCCUAUUUCUAAUCAUCAUGUAGAGUGACAAGAUAAACACCUCUUAUUUUGGUAUAAUAAACAUUCUCCAUGAA